ACAGUGCAUGUACUGUACAUGUACGUACGGUUGGUACUGCAUGCUUCGGUGUAACUGGACUAGUGUCAACGAAGCGGGGAUCAUUCUGACAAGUAGGGCCUUUGAAGAGUUUGCUUGUUUUUCCUCUCUUGUGAAGUGGUGAAAGACGUUAGACAAUGGGAGAUAUGGAUGCAGUAUAUGGUGGAAUCGAAGGUGGAGCCACUCAUUCCAAGAUGGUUCUUAUGAAAGGUGAUGGCUCCAUUCUAGCUUGGUCAGAUGGACCCAGCACAAAUCACUGGUUGAUAGGAGUAGAUCAGUGUUUAGUUAACAUCAACGAGAUGGCUGUGAAAGCUAAGACAGAAGCUGGACUGGAUAUCAACAAGCCCCUUCAGUCAUUGGGUUUGUCACUCAGUGGGGGAGAACAAGAGGCCGGCAAACGACGAGUUAUUGAUGGAAUGAAAAGCAACUUCCCAAAUGUCAGUGAAGCAUAUCACAUGUGCACAGACACCUUUGGGGCCAUAGCCACAGCAUGUGAGGCUGGUGGUAUUGUACUAAUUAGUGGGACAGGUUCUAACUGUCAGUUGAUCAAUCCAAAUGGUAAGAACCAUGGAUGUGGAGGCUGGGGUCAUCAGAUUGGUGAUGAAGGCAGUGCUUACUGGAUCUCUGCCAAAGCAGUCAAGACUGUCUUGGAUCAUGAGGACAACCUGGUGGAUCCUCCACACGAUGUUACAUAUGUCAAGAAAGCCAUCCAUAGCUUCUUUGGGGUUUCAGAAAGUUUUGGCCUUUUGGAUCACCUCUACACCAACUUCAACAAACCCAAGUUUUCCAAGUUCUGCAUAGUCCUGGCCCAAGGGGCGUCGGAAGCAAAAGACCCACUGUGCAUAUGGUUAUUCCGAGAAGCUGGCUGGCAACUCGGCCGCCAUAUUCUUGCUGUUGCACCCAAGAUUGACAAGACACUACUGAAUGGGCCAAAUGGCCUGAUGGUUGUCUGUGUUGGCUCUGUCUGGAAAAGCUGGGAACUCCUCAAAGAAGGGUUCCUGGAAGGCUUGAAACCCCGUCAUGAGAGAGACAUAGAGAUCAAGCAUUUGACAUUAGUGAGUCUUCUGCAGUCUUCUGCCAUAGGAGCUGCCAGGCUUGGUGCCAAAUCUGUGCAGUUUACCUUGCCUGUGGACUUCAAAGCCAAUGUCAACAAGUUCUUCUCCUACAACCCGUAGAGUCUUCAACUGUAGCCAGUACUAUUUGACAUGAUGGAGGUAUCACUAUAUUAUAACUGGGUAGGGAUUGUAAGGCAUAUCAUAUUGGUAAUGUCUCAAAACCUGGAGAGCUCUUGUUCUAUUUGGAAUGUCCCUUUUGCCAAAAUAUUUCUUAAAAUUUGUUUUAAAAAGCAUGGCAUAAUUCACAUUGUCCAUGAUGUUUUGCUUGGCAUUGACCCUUCAGUACCCUUCAAAUUUUGCCAUUCUACUUUUGUCCUCAGAGGUGAUCACUCACAGCGUAAUUAUACACAGUAAUCCUCUGUUAGGCUUCUUCCUUGCCCAUCAAAGCAUAUGUUAAUGUGAUAACUUCAGGGAAAACAGCUGGACUGUCUGCUGAGCACCUACAACUUCACAUCUGGUUGACCUUUUGCAACCAUCCCAUGAAAGUCUGUAAUGUACAAGCAUUGUGGCCUUUCAAACCCCUUUCACUGAAGGAUUUUCAUUAACAAAGGGUGAACUGUGGUUCUGUUGAUAACUGAUCUUCAGUGGAAGCAGGUUAUGAAGUUUUCUGUUAUUUAAAACAGAGUUCAUCCCUUGAGGCCAACCUUGCAUUCCAUUGUACAAAGAGAUAUGGAACAUAAAAUUAUCAACAAAUUGUUCAUGCAUUUCCCAGUUUACAUACACAACGUGCUGCGUCUGCUUUUUAUUUUAUUUUGUUUCUGGACUUUGUUCUGCCAUUUUCAGUUGCUAUCAACUACUUACAGCAAAAAGUGAUUUUUUUUAAUUCCUCCAUAUUAAAUACACAUUCUUAUGGUUCAUACAAAGAUCAUUGUCUGUAUUUGUAUGUCUCCAAAAGGAACAAGCAAGCUGUUUUUGAGAAAGCCUGUCAUCCAAAUACACCAGUAUUCCCAUUUUAGAAUAUGCAGCAUUUUCAAGUUGAUCCCUGUGGAAGUAUGGUGUGCAUGUAUUCCAAUAUUCAGAUGACAUUUACACUUGAACAUUUGAGUCGUUUGAACUCUUGAGAUGGAGGUCCCUAUGUGUUAUCCAGUUAAAGAAGCGAUUGGCAAGUGAAGAGCUACGUGUCUUAGUAUUGUCCUAAUCUGUAAUUCCAAAAGUUAGCCAGGAUAACAUUCUUGCUGUGCAAACUACUGCUUGUCUUGUACUACUGUGCUCCUUGCUACAAUCUGUGUGCUAGCUAAAUCCAAAUAGUCAAUAUGCGUAUAUACAAUGUGUUGUCCAGUUUGAAUGCAGUGUAUAGAAGAGGUGAGGUAUUUUCUGCAUGCAAGUGGCAAAGAGUUCUAAACCAUCACUGACUGGUUGGAAGCGAUAUGAUAUCCUUUAUUGUUAUACCUUAGUCUUGAAUAUUGUGUAGCAUAUCCCUCCACACUCCCCCCAAGAAUGCAUUCCAGGUGUAACAUCCAUUUUCUCCCAAAGUAACCGUCAGAAAUCACUGAUUUGGUAUCAAACUUAUGCUUGCAGUGUGUAUACAUACACUGAAUGUUUCAUUUGAAGCUUAUGUUUGGUUCUGGAGGAAUUUCCAAUCAUGUAACACAACUCAUUUUUGUUCUGUCCAAUGGAAGUUUAUCCAGUUAAUCUUUAAGGUGUACAUGUAUACCAUUAAUGAAUUCAGUUCCUAAAUUAUCACACAACACUUUUGUUUCUUUGGCAUUUCUUUCUAGUUCUACACUUCGUGAAACUGAUUCUCAUUUCAGAAGAGAGUGGUUGUUUCAUUAAUUGUUCAGUCAGUUUGUUUCCGAGAAAAAUUUCCAUUCUAAGCUUCAGUUUGACAUCAACAAGAACAAUUUCUUACCAUUAUUUUGGGCGAAAGUAAAUGUUCCUUUAAGUUGCAUUUUUGGGGGCCGUGCUGAAGUUUCAUUGGCCCAUAACAAUCAGGUGGCCAUCGAUGAAAACGCAUAUUACCGUCAUCCCUCUGUAGAUCACGUCAUAAUAUCAAAUACUAGUCCAUGCCUCACAAGUCCAAACCAGACUUCUGGUUGUCAUUGGUACCAGAGUUACUUUCACCCAUAGAGUUGAUCAUAAUCAACUGUAUUGGUGCUGCAGAUUGGGAUUCCUAUGAUAUGAUCAACUGUUGGUGAAGUGCUUUCACUGGUUUUCUUCAGCAGAUUCUUAUAUUUUUUUAUCUUUCGCCCGGGAUGCUAUAAGGCCUGUGGGUAUUAAAGCAUCAUAUCACACAUUACAACAGCCAAGAAUUAUCAUGCAGUUUAAUUAAUAAGAUCUCAUGUCUUGUUUGUUAAGUCAACCUGUCUUUUGAAUUGAGGCAUGAUACAAAUCCUCACAUAUCUUUUGCGCAACUGACCCCGGGCAUCAAUUUUCAACAUUUUAAUUGAUGGCUUUGCUCUUACCUGCUCCAAAAGCCAACUUGUCUUGGAAUCCAACCACGUUUCUCUUUCACAGACAACUUUGGGCUUGUAAUUUCUAUACACACAGAAAGACCCCCCCCACCUGGCCAAAGCAUUGUGACAAUAUUGUGACAAUUGCCAAGCAGAAAUAUUUGUUAAGGGUCAGUUUUUUAAACAACAGUGGUGCUUCCAUUGAACGGUUUCUUAAAUAUGUGUAGUGAUCAUGUGCACAGAUUUCUCUGCAUGGGAGUACAUACUAUACAUGUAAAACACACGAAUUUCAUUUAUGCACUUACUACACUUACUACUUAUGUUGGUAUCAGCAGGAAUGUUACUGUGAAAAUUAUAAAUUUGAAGUCUGUGGCUUGUUACGAGUUUCAGUGUUAUCUUCUGAUUUGAUUUGAUUUGAUUGUUAGUUUCAGGGAAUAAUAUACCUGGUUUUACUCAGUCAUGAUCUGCUUCUGAGGAGUACUGCUAUGGUAAGACCAGUGGUGUAAGAUUAUGAACUUGGGAAGGACGUGAAUGUUAGAGUUUGUAAUACAGGGAUGCUGAUUGACAUUAUGUAAGAGAUCAUUGUCAUUCAUGAUGAAACGUGAUAACCACAAAUUCCAAAGAAUUUGCUAUGUUCAGAUGGCAGUCUUAAAAUGCCAUCAUAUCAUGAGAUUGGAAACUUUUCUGUUGAUCUACUGUAAAAUGAAAUGAGAGUCUUCUUUUAAAGUGAAUAAUGUCUUUCAGUACACGUAUUUAUACAGUUAGAAGGAUGAUGCUUUCAUAUAAGGGAGAGGUUUGAUUUUUAAUGUUUUGAUACAAGUUGUCUGUGAGUUCUUCAAGACAGUGAUUACUAUGUACAACUCAGACGCAGCAUCUGUCUGUAAUUGGAAGUCUGGGUUAGAAGCUUGCUGCAGGGAUUGCUUUGCCCUUUUCCCUUGGCAAGGUUAAUUGCUGUGACAUCUGUCCACAUAGCUCCAGGUGGGCAGCUGUGACUGCUUUGUGAGACUUACUGGCAUCAAAUAACAAAGGUUGGGCCAAGUGAGCUGUGUAUGGAAACAAUAAAUUACAAAAAUGCUUGCAAUAGAACAAAGAUGAAUGAUUCUGAAGUACAGUGGCACUGUAAGUGAAAGGUAUUGAAUGUCAGAUUACACAUUGUUUACUUUGUAUUAUUUUCUACUAACAUUGUGAUGAAUUUCAAUUCUGGUUUCAAGUGAUAUAUGUAUAUUCCGUUGUAUUAUACUGCAAAAAAAAAAAUGACCAAGAGGUAAUUGAUAUUCAAGCCCAUGCUAUAUUAUGUAUGCAGUAUUUAGCAUUUUGAUGAGUAUGCAGACAUUCUGUGUUUCAUGUAAUCAUUGUUGAUCAUUGCUGAGAUCACUCAAAUUGCCUGGUAAUACCAGAAGCAAUUUUUGGGGGUCCAGACUUGAAUGAAAUCUAUUCAGUUUAGUUUUAGCUUCAUAACAAUAUGAAAGUGUAUGGACAUGUCUUCAUGCACCUCACCGACUCUGAGCAUUCCUACCAGGAUGCAUGAAAAAGUCAACCAUAGUAUGGAAUAUUUCAGGCUUUGAUGUUGACAGCAUGUAUGACAGGUCAGAGGUCAUGACCAGUUGUGGGCAAGUGGGGUUUUAGAGCUAUGAAGUGACUGGUAUAGCUUUUGUGACAGUAUUAAGAUGUUAUGCCAAGUUUUGAAGCCAAAUACAUUUUUAAACAGAAGUAAGGUAACUAUAUCUGACGAGUAAUGAAUCCAAAAUUCAGAUCA